UUCUCUGUACCUUUGCUUAAACCCUAAGACUCUGUCAGUGAUCUUUCUCAUUUUUAUCACCAAAUAUAAGCAAAAUGUGAAAGAACAAUCUCCAGACCCUCUCUCUCUCUCUCUCUCUCUCUCUCGUACACAGACACAAUCUACUAGAAAUGUACAUUGGAAUAGAACUUCUGCAGAUCGUUAUACUCUCACUGUUUCUUGGAUCAUUCACUGUGAAUUCAUUGCCAUGCGAGGACAGUCGAUGCAAAACCGGGAUAUGCAACAAUACUGGAGCUUGCCUUUGCAAUUUUCCGGAUCCUUCCACCAUCUUAGACGGUGACCGUACCUUCCUCGGGGGUAAGUUUUGUGAGGAGGAAAUGACAAUGUGUGAUGGGUCGAAUUCAUAUUGGUGUGAAAAUGGGGGGAAUUGCGAGGAAAUUGUGCAGGGUGAGAAUUAUACCUGCAAAUGUUUUCCUGGGUUUACUGGAGAGCAUUGUGAGCAUUCUGGGGCACCUUGUGGUCAGAUUUUUUGUUUUCAUGAGGCUGAAUGCUUGGUUGAAGCAGAAGGUGAUGUUUGCCAGUGCCCUCCUGAUUGGAAAGGAAGUACUGAUUGCUCUCUCACUACCAAAACCCUAACAGAUAAUUCUACAGAUUCGAAAGCACCCAGAUUUCCAGGGGAAAAGAUCAGCAGCAAUAGUACAAAUUGGACAGUGGUGGUGUUGGCCAUUUCAUGUUCAGCAGGAGCAGUUGCAGGGGCUGCUAUUUAUGCAAAGAAAUUAAGCAGUAGGAAAGAGAUCAUACAGAAAGCAAGAUUCCAGAAACUAUCACAAAUGCAGACUCAAGGCAUAUUGGAUGACGAUGACGAUAAUGAUAAUGAUUCAAUUGGCCCUGAUGUGACUCACAAUGAUCGUUCACACCUUUAACCUGUAUUAUCAUGUUUUUUUCUCGGCAUAUCAACACUAGUUUCAAAUUCACCUAGGGUCAUUUAUAGUUCAUAGUACUUGAGGACUUUUAUUUGUUCCAGUUGGUUUUAAUAUUUGAGUUAGCUAUGGUUUGAGAUUUUAAACGUUUCAAAAUCCAAAUAAUUCAUCCGUUAGGGCCUUAGGCUCACUAUAACUCAAUGAAAAAAAAUUUACUUACAUCAA